UCAUCGACUUCAAAACCUGCCGGCAGAAGAAAUUCUGGGGCAACCGCGUGCGGGACUCCAUGAUCUGUGCCGGGUUCAGGGACACCGAGGACCCCCCAGCCGCCUGUCAGGGCGACUCCGGCGGUCCUCUGCUGUGCCAGCUGGGCCAGGACCGCUGGGAGGUGCACGGCGUGGUGAGCUUCGGCCCCAUCGGCUGCACCGUGGAGAACAAACCCAGCGUCUUCACCCGCACCACCGCCUACAUCCCCUGGAUYGAGGCCACGCGCAUCAGGGACUUCUUCCUGCACUGAAGAGCUCACCUGAACCAGGAACAGAAGCUCCGCCCUCUUUAGAAGCUUUCUGUUCUACAUCCUUCUGUAAAUACAUGUUCUGAAUGUGCAGCAAGUUUUCUAUCCUUGUGGAGCGCAGCAGUGUACACUGACCCUCUACGUCCAUUUAUGUCUGCAAUAAAACGGAUUAAAAGCAAAA